CUUUUACCCGUAGCCUUUCUUUGAUAGGCUACAGUCAAAGUUAGCCUAUCCAUUAGCUUACUGAGUAAAAGGCUAAUUAACUCUUACAUGUAAGAGUUAAUUGACAUGAUCGUUAAUGAUCGUUGAUGACAUGAUCCAAAGUGCAUCAGAUUCAUUGUUUGUUGUUGUUUUUUUUAAAAUAUCAGAUCGUUAACAUUGUCACUGUUGGACGCCUACAUUACCCACAAUGCAACUAAUCCACUGAGUGACAGCAGUCUUAACUCUUACAUGUAAGAGUUAAUUAGCAUUUUAGCAUACCGAGGGUCUUAACGAUGACAUGAUCCAAAGUGCAUCAGAUUCAUUGUUUGUUGUUGUUUUUUAUAUCAGAUCAUUAACAUUGUCGCUGUUGGACGCCUACAUUACCCACAAUGCAACUAAUCCACUGAGUGACAGCAGUUUUCGAGUCUGAAAUCAGUUGGUGCCACAUUUUAAUGUGCUCCUCUGCCGUUUCGGUUGUAAUGAGGACCUCGUUUGACUAACGGAGCAGAGGAGCAGACGAUGUUUCAGGUUUUAUGAUGUCAUUCUUCUUCUAUGCACUCACUGACAGACAGACAGGCAACAGUGAUGAUGACAACUUGAGGCAAAAAGUAAAUAACAUAAGAGAUUAAGUGUUUGGGAGAUCCUGGAGGGAGGCGGCCACAGCUGGUGCACAUCCUGUUAGCGUGUGUGUGUGUGGUUGCAGGGGGGAUCCUGAUCUCAUAGAAAACCCCCGACUAGAAAAGAGCGUCACCUCUCCUGCUGCAGGGUAACACACACUCAAACCCUCACUGUUGUGUAGGAUUGAGUCUCCGAAAUAUGAUCUCUUCGUUGCAUUUCUAGUUGUGAAGGUCCAACACGUAAGAACCGACCAAUGGUCAACCUGAACAAACAGGGAGCAGCACAUCACCAGGGGAACUGCUAAUGGCUGCUCACUAUACGCCCUCUAUGUGCUAUCCAUGCUGCUGUUAGCUAGUUAGUUCAGUUAGCCGUGCAGCUAGUGGCCAGAAGCUGACUCGAGCAGCGAUGCAACUCAGCAGCCGACGGCUUUGACAUAUAGAUUUUUUGUUUCUUUUUUAAAUUAUAUUCAGAUUUUUGAAUGUUUAAACUAAAACUCAUUACAUAGGCUAGUAGACCUUGAAGUAUAUUUACCGCCAGAACAUUAUUUUUGUGCAAUAUGUAAGAAUUUAAGAAGAAAACUUUAAAAAGAAUCGUCUGUGUUGAAAAGUUACUCUGGAAGUUAGCAUGCUAACCAGCGAGCCCGGCCUGUGUGGAGAAGAGCACUUGGCCAGUGCCUGAAAUAAAAAGUCUGUGGUUGAAGAACACCAGCUGAAGAUAAUUUCAAUUGUUGCUUUACAACAUAAAUUUUGAAUUAUAAAGUUAUUAAAUUUGCAUCUUUAUGUCUGAGGUCGUGGAGCAGGGGAAUGUUUUUUAUAAGAAUGAUUAAUCGACUGUCAGAAUAGUGUGAAUUUAGGAUCCUUCAUCAUAAAUACAGUUAUAGAGUACAGAAAUGGAGUUGUUGGGCAGAAAAAAAACCAUUAGAAAAAGGAAGCAACCAUGGCAUUAUUUGGCCUCCAUACUCACACAGACAUGCCUGUUUACACACACAUAAGAAGCAUACUGAAGCAUAUUAUACAUUUAUCAUGUUCAGGGAAGUUGCCUGCAGAUCUAUGUGUUCUGGUUCUACAUCUUCACCCUCCCUUCGUAUCCUGGACCCCUCAAUCCCUCCAAACUUCAAGCUCACCCUCACACACAAACCUGAAAGUCACACUCACUGCUCCCAACAACAACAGCUAAAGACAGCAAGAGGAAGAAGAAGAAGAAGAAGAAGAAGAAGAAGAAGGUCGCUGAGAUUUUCUUCACAUCUUGCCAGUUGCUGCUCGUCGAGAGAUGCAGUCCACCCUCCACUGUCUCAGGGUGGUGGUAGUCUUAUUGAGUCUGGCUCCAUCCACCCAGUCGUUCUCCCAUGGUGCCAGCCACGCCUCCUGUCAGGAGAUGAUUCCCGGACACAUCCGGGCUCAACCCCUGGACCCGCAGAAGAGCCACGUCACCCUGCACACAUCUGCCUCCUCUUACCUGCCCGGACAGUUAGUUACAGUAACAGUCCGAAGCUCUCGGGACUUCAUGGGUUUCCUGCUCCAGGCUCGCAGUGCAGAGGGGGCCGAGGGCGGGGCUGGAGACAGGGUCAGGGCGAGGACUGGAUUUGGGGCUGGGGUCACAUCUACGAUGCUGGGCCCAGUGUUGGUGGGUGGUUCCUGGGCCCUCAGUCCCCCUGGAAUACACACCCUGCACUGCCUCUCGGAGGGUGAUACCCUCACACACUCUGACAAACAGCUGAAGAGAAACCUGUCGUUUGUGUGGAGGGCUCCUGAUAGACCCAUGGGCGACAUCAGGUUCUACAUCACAGUGGUGCAGUCUUACUUUGUAUAUUGGGCAGGUAUUGAGUCAAGAGUGGUGCAUGAUGGGAGUCGUAGUCCUUGUUGUGGGCAUAACACCACAGAGAUGGAUGGAAGGAAUUCAAAUAUUGUAAAACAGGAAGAUGGAGUUACUACUCUGCCAGCUCUCAGAAUCCAUGGAGCAUCAAACAAGCCAACAAAUGUGACAGUCAACCCCACAUCUACCCCAGUGACCCCCACAGCAACAAGCAGUCGAAUCCGAAACCUCAAAUCUCUGGAAACACCAAUAGAAGUCACUCUUCCAGUCUUGGAGAUGAACAGCUCUGUGACUUUGGCAUCCCUUGGAGUUCAACGCCUGACAAAUCAGGCAGUCUAUGAAAGGAACAGCCCUUCGUCUUUCGGAUCUCUUGAAAGUUCGUCUAAGGGCAGUGAGUCUAACUCUUAUGUAACAUCUGGAUCCCUUUUAGGUGUAACUGAUGAGGCUCAAGAGAGCCCCUCCUCCAGCCAACCUUUCAUAGCCCUUUUCCCCUCAGCUGAGACAAGAGGGAUGGUAGCAACUGCCACUCCAAUGCCCAACAUCAAAGUGCAAAACUCAACGAGUUCUCUUCCCCUUGUUCCCUUCCCCUCCCUGAAAGUUGGUGAGAUCGAAAGUAAAGAGGCAAUGAUGAAGUUUCAGGAUCCAAAACUGCCGCCCACUCCUGAGACAAAAGGAACAACAUUAAAUCCUGAAACCACCACAGCUUUUUUCUCAACCAAUCACAGCUUCCACACCACAAAUCUCCCAAGAAUAUAUGUAUCCAAUAAUCCAAGAAUAUCAAACCAGGACCAAACUAGUUUAGUCAAUUUUGAGAAUGAGAGUAGUUCGUCACAGCCCUGGAGGACUAGCCAAACCAAAUCCAAAAUCAAUCCAAUCAAGGAUGAAGCUGGUAGAAAAUCCAUGACCCCGUCCCAGAAUCAAUCCCUCAACACUUUGCUCCACUCCCAAACUUAUCUUCAGGUUCAAACAUCUCCAUCCAAGACUUCUUCAAGUCAGAUCCUUCCUUUCUUCCAGAAAUCUUCUACUCCCUUUGCCAAGUCCCAAACUUUGACACCAAACCUUAUUGUCCCAGUCAAAUCUCCUACCCUUCAGUCCUUUCUACCAUCCCACACAACCUUAUCUGUGCCUCAGGGCCAUCCCCUUUCCCAUCAGUCCAUUUUCAGCAGACUCCUGAAUGUUCUUUCCCACUACCAGCUCAUGAGUGAUUUACCCAAAAACCAGGCUGAAGACAAUACAUCUCAACCCAAAACUAGACAAACCCACCCCCCCAAAAUAUGGUCCCAGCUCCAUUCCCAAACAAGCACACCACAGGCACACAUCUUUGGAUGGAAGCAAACCUCAGUAGUUCCUCGAUCCAUCAACCCUCUGCCCUUCACAUCAAGGUUUGAUCCAACUUUAAUGAUUGAAAAUGCGAAGGAGACAAAAGAUCUUAAGGCUCAAGCGGAGGUCAAAACCAUGAGCCCCAUUUUUGCCUCAGUUUCCUCAACCUCUCCUUCUCCUUCUGUUUCUUCUUUGCCUACUUCACCCCUCGUUCGCCCUAGUUCCUUCAUGCCUAAUCCUCGCACAGGGAGUUCAACCCUGGUGUACACAAAAACUUCUUUUGACCAUGCCACUUCCUCAUCUCUCUCCUCAUCUUCCUCCAUGACGAAACAUCCCAACACAGCUCCAGCCCUUUCCGCUCUCCCCUCUCCUUCCCCAAUUUCCAUUCCUCCUCGAUUUUUCUCCAUCCAAACUUCCUCACUUUCUCCUGUGCCAUCCUCUGUAACCUCUUCUACCAAACCCUCCUUGCACAUCUCCCACAAUCCAUCAUCAACUUCUUCUGCAUCUUCCUUGACCACCUCCCAGUUGAUCACAAGUUCAACCUCACCCAUACCUUCUUCUGCCACCAUUUCCCCAUCCCUCUCCUCCUCCAUUGCCUCAUUAGCUUCCUCCAUUUCUUUGUCAUCCAUCUCUACCUCUACAUCUUCUUCCUCCUCACCUGGUCCCUUAUCUUCCCCCAACUCAUCUGCCACCUCUUCUCCUUUGUUGUCCUCCCAGUCUACCUCCUAUCAUCCAGAACCCUCCAGAGCUCCCCAUCGCUCUCUCUAUCUUGCCCUUACUUCCACUUCCCAACAACUCACUCAAGGUCAAAUGUUGCUAAUCCAGAACCGCAUUGCAUCAUCUGAUCCUGAGCCCAGCGACUACUUUCCAACACCAAGAACAGUUGUUCACCCACACCCAGAGCCUCAUCCCAACCUUGACCCAAACUUCAAACUAAAUCUUGGCCAUGAGUUGAAACCAAACCUUCCCAAGACUAAUACUAAACCCAAACAUCCCUCCAAUCCCUCUGGAACUCCAGACAAGGAAGGGAAGUAUCCAGAUAUUAUCCCCAGACACAGCGCCUUGGAGCUGGGCAUGCUUCUGGGCUGCUCAGCUGGCUUGGGCAUGCUGCUGGUGGUCGGGAUAAGAUACAUGUACCGCCAAACCUGUGGCAAGCGAACAGAGGUGACGCUGAAUGACAGGGAGAGGGAGUAUGGGAGAGGGGAAAGAGGGCUGAUCCACGUCCAAGAGUGUGGAGAUUUGGUCAGAGUCCGGAGAAUCCGAAACAACAGUUUUGUCCUCCUGGCAGAGUAUGAUAUACUGACACCACCAGGAGACUGAGACAGAAGCUGCCAGUUUCCUUAGUUUUAGAUACCAAAGUAUUAACGGUACUGAUGUAUUGUAGAAUUCUGUAACUAACUGAAAAAGUCACCUUUUCAUUGGGAGCUAGGUAGCCUUAUGUGCCUUGUAACUUAGCCUCUAUGCCAAGCUAGCUUACAUCUUUCUAAAAUCAUGACCAUAAAUGAAUGAAACAAGGUUAUUUUUAUGAAUCUGUGUCUGAGACUGAGAAAUAUCAACUCUUGGACAGAAUUUUAAACUUGUGUGUCAUAUUCAUUGCAGCCUCUAGCGGAAAUUAGCAUGUCAGAAGGAGUUUUGGUCUUGUUUUCUAGAGAUUUUUGCUUCUAAUAUGUUUAGGGAACUAAAACUACAAUCUGCCUCCUGAUCCUGAAGGGGAUUAACAGACAACACUAGGAUUACAAACACCAUUUGGUGGAUACUUUUAGUUUUUAAUAUGCACCAGGAAGAUAAAUACAAAUGGUAUCAACGCACACUACCAGUGACACAGGCUGCUCUUUCAGCUCUACGAUUGUAUAAUUAGAUAAUGUUUUCAUGUAGAAUUAGCCUGCUGAUUUAGCAUGCUAACAGGUGACACUGUGAUCAGGAUUUUAUCUCACCAAUGUUUAUGCAAAUGUACUGAAAUCACCAAAGACCACCGAAACCUGCUGAUCACAUGACUAUUUCAUGUUUUUGUAAACUGUCAUGUUGAGUCACAUGGAUGCACUUAAUAAUAAAAUAUAUCUUCCGUAUUAUACAAGGUGUAUUUCUUUAUUUUGGCUCAUUUUGUAGGUUUUGUAUUUCUUUAUUUUGGCUCAUUCUGUAGGUUUUGUAGAUGACAGUGCUGGUUGCUUAGUCAUUUCACAAUCACAUGGUUGUGUGUUAGAGGCAGCACAAGGCCUCUAGAGUCUGUUGGCAGAGAUUUCACAGCCUUAUUUUAUUAUAACUUCAUCCAAACGAUGGGACAGAGGAGCCAUCUGUCCAAAAACAGUCAUGUGGUUGAAAUUAAUGAACUGCCAAUAUUUCCCUGGGUGUUUUUCUGCAGUUAGAUCAGAUAAUAAAUACGAGGAUCUAUGGAGAUAUUCUCUGUAUAUAAACAGGCUGUGAGGAGGAACGCUGACUACAAACAUGGAUGUGACAACAAAUUCAAGGCCCUGUUAUCUCUGGAGGAGCUGAUUAAAAUCUGUGUGCAAACUGUUCAGGAGUGUUUAAUUAUAAGGUAAACAAAUACCUGGUCCACUUGGCAGCAAACAAUCACUAUUUGAAACUUUCCUUCAAGUAAAUAACAUCUUUCUGUAAUUUGCAAAUUACACACAUAUAAGAAUGCACUGUCUAUCUUUUUAAUCUGGCUUCUUACAAACCUGAUGUUCAUUAUUCAAUUUAAAAAAGAAAAUAAAUGAGCAACGAAACUGAAAAAAACGUCCUGGUCCACAUGGUAGUAUGUUGCAGGAAAACAACAUCACGUUUUAAAGUUUAAAGGUUUAUUUCCUUACAGUUUUUGUUUAUGUAUAAACAAGUAACAGGACAGACCCACACAUACCCUGAUUAAUGUCUUACCCUCUACCAAUACACUGCUAGCAUUACAAUCACACUGUAAACAGACAGAGGCUGAAUAUAAACUUGACCCUUACUGGACAACCAAUGGAACUGUGCUGUAUAGGCUUCAUUAACUCUCGACAGUAACAGCUGCUGACUCUGACGUGUUAGAGACGCUAAACUCAACUUUAGCCGAGGUCUUGCUUGGGUUUAUCCCCAGAAAAUCGACUAAACACCAGGCUGAGAGGUGCCAGUGUGAAACAGGGCCAAAGUUAUCAGUCCUGAGAGUAGUAACACAACAUCGUACAAAGUUCAGUUUCACGUCAAAGCACUUGUGUGUUGUGUUACAGUUAACCCAGGGCUAGCAGCAGCGCAGUAUACAGUACGUCACAUGAAAGCCCUUAAAGGUGUCGAUUAGAAGGUCCUGGGGAAAACAGAAUUGAAAUAAAAACACCAGAAGUAAGGCUACUGAAGGUGGUGACACCAACAAAUAAUUACUGUAAUAAAGCACCUGAGCAGAGUCAAGCUCUUGUUUAAACAUUUUCCAUACACGUGUUUCAAAAAUUAGCUAAAAAGCCUGGGAUGCUUCUGUGAAUGGAUGUAAAACUGUGGUGUUUCCUGGAUGUCAUGUAUCACCAGUUUUUUGAUUACAGUCACGUCUGGCUAAACAACUGGUUACUCUGGAAACUUUCUUUACUUCUGUUGUCUUCUUCAGUACUGUGUUGCUUUGCUAGUGUCUUUGAUAAACUGAUGUUGCCAACAGCAACAAAAUUAAGCUGUAGGCAUCAAUCCUAACCCAAACACUGUGAUUGGUUCUAUACAGAUAGUGAUGUUGGCCUGAUGGUUGGUCCACUUUGGUUCAGACUGAAAUAUCUCAUAAACCACUGGAUGGACUGCCACGACAUUUGGGACUGACACUCAUGGUGCCCAGACGAUGAAGCCCAAU